AUGGCCAACAUCGACCACCCGACCAAUACCCUAGAGCAGCGGCAACAGUUCAUGGACUGGAGCACGGCAGACCCUGCUGUGAUCCUCGACCUAUCCACGACACUCCCAAGCGCUCCCACACCAGCUUCCCAGCAGCAGCCCUCCCUCGAGAGCCUAGGCCUCUUCCCCGUCAUAACCAGCGCCACCGCAGACAACCUCCCCUGGCAGGACCAGCUCGCGUCGCAGAGCUGCCACGACGUGCUCCGGCAGUGCGAGGGUAUUGUUGGCUGCGGGACUUGCAAUGUCAACUGCACCGACUUGAUCUGCAUUAUGGCUGUCUUCCAGGAGGUGGAUGGGUGCUUUGAGUACGUGGCCAAGGGCGAUCUUGACGCAGCCAUCAGAGUGAGCAUGGGGUCGUACGAGGUUGAGGUAGGUGCGGGUGACCAGGAGGUUCGGGAGUGGAGGAAGAUGCUGGUGGUCCAGCUGGUGAGGCGGGCUUAUCAGCUGCUGAACUUGAUCAGUGCAAGAGGCCAGGACAUGCUGAGGCACUUGGACCCGGGAUGUCGGUUAGGCCGUGUGAAUAUUGACUACUUGGAGGCGGUUAUUGGAAAUUCCAGGGAAAACCUUCUCCACAUCGUGGAAGCAGUGGAGAAGGCAAGGACGGCGGAGUAG